AUGUCAUUUAUUUCAUUUACAUCUUCAUAUUUUACUUCAUUAAAUCUUGUUGAUAAUCAUCUACUUGAACGCUUUGAACGUGCUGGUAUUAAAAAUCUAAUAGAUCUAUCCGCAUAUACAUCACUUGAACUUUCAUUUAAAUUUCGUUUAUCGAUUUUUAAUGCUGAAGAAAUUCUUGAAAAAUUAUUUUCAAUAUUAUCAAUACAAUCAAAAAAUGUCUAUGAUAUGUUAAUAGAAACAUCAUCAUUAUAUAUUCCAACAACAUUACCAACACUUAAUCGUUAUCUCAAUGGUGGUCUGCGACGUGGUUUACUUAUUGAAUUAUGUGGAUCAUGGGGUAUAUAA